UGGGUGCCCAACCUGUGGCCCUUCAGGUGUUGUGGAACUACAAGUCCCAUGAAGCAUUACAAGGCUGACAUUUACAAGCAUGACUCCCAAAGGCAGAGGCAUGAUAGGGUUUUUUGUAGUUUGGCAACAUCUGGAGGGCCACAGGUUGAGCGCCACUGUUGCGAAACUACAAGUCCCAUCAUGCCUCUGCCUUUGGGAGUCAUGCUUGUAACUGUCAAUCUUGCAAUGCCUCAUGGGACUUGUAGUUUGGCAACAGCUGGAGGGCCACAGUUUGACACCCAUGCUCUAAGGCCUCUU